AUGAUUCGGUUUAAUAAAGUUACCGGAUGGCGAUUUUGUCUUCUCCGUUGUGCUCCCUCCGGUGAAAUCAACGACGGAACCCACCGAAGCUUCUCUCUCCACCUCUACGUCUCUCUGCUACUCUCCGCCUCUCUCCACCUCUCUCCGCCUCUCGCCGCCUCUCCGCUUCUCGCCACCUCUCUGCUUCUCUCCGCCUCUCUCGGCGUCUUUCCUCCUCUCGCCGCCUCGUCGGUUCUCUCCACCUCUCGCCACCUCUCCGCUUAUCGCCACCUCUCCGCUUCUCUCCGCCUCUCCGCCUCUCUGCCUCAAUUUGCGAACGAUAUGGAGCUUGAGCUACCCAAACGAUUGUAUGCAGAGGGUUCAGAACCUCGGGUUAAGAAGAUCAACAACAGUUGCCGCAUGGAACUUAUCAGAGAUCUGAAGAAAGCUAUGUGUGCCGAGUAUGAUGAUGUGAAGAGAGAUCCAGUUUUCACACAUAUCAUGGCUAUUGCCGAAAUGAAAGCCAAAUGUGACUGUGGCGUCUAUGCAGUGAAGUUCAUUGAGUGUCAUGCGCUUGGAUUGGAGUUGUCGUUGUUGCAUGAUGGUAACAUUAUCGAAGCUCGCCACAGGAUUCUAUGGGAUCUUUGGGAAGCAGCUAAUGAUCCGGAAUUGAUUGAUAGGAUGUCAAAGUAUCAAUCCCCGGAGUGUCUCUCUUCGACUGUAGAGGAGAUUUUGUGAGACUGCUUGGUUUCAAGUUCUAAUGUAAUGAACAAGAUUGCUUAAUCUGAUGUAUAACUUCUAGAUUUUAUUAUCAUUUUUAGGAACAAGACUGCUUAGUUUAUUGUAUAACUUCUAGUGUUUAAUUAUGAUUUUUAGGAUUGACUCUUGUAAUCAAAUGUACAUCUUAUGGUUUUGUUAUUAAGAGUUUUUAGCUGAAGAAUGCUAGAAUUUAACACUGUUUUAAAUUAGAACCUUAAGCUAAACCCUAAACAUACCCUAAACGAAACACAAAACCCAGAACAAGACCACAGUCAAACCUAACCUAAACUCCUAAACAUACCCUAAACGAAACAAAAACCCGGAACAAGACCACAGUCAAACCUAACCUAAACCCUAAACAUACCCUAAACGAAACAAAAACCCGGAACAAGACCACAAGAACAUUUAGAAUAACUGUUUUACUAGAUCAUCCC